CACGCCGUAAACGCUCAAGUGAACCUUCCUUUUCCCUGCCGCUUUGCGGCCUGGUCGCUGGCUCAACGGCCACUAUCACGUGCCUGUCCUCCGGUUUUCGGAGACUUUCCAAUUCAACGGCUGCUCAUACAGGAGACGACCACGUUCGUCAUAACUCUGCCUCUCUCCGUCGGACCACCCGCCUCCCAGCUCGUCUUCGACUCAUUCUCGUGCUUUGUCACACAAGACGGACCCUUCUUUGGACGAACUCGGCCGGACAAGUAUUGCAACCAUGGCGGAACACAACAUUGUGGUUUUUGCGGGCGACCACUGCGGCCCAGAGGUUGUCGCUGAGGCAAUCAAGGUCAUCAAGACGGUCGAGGAGCUGAGCCCGACGGCCGGCAAAUUCAAUCUCCAGGACCACCUGCUCGGAGGGUGCUCCAUCGACAAGACCGGCAACCCCCUCACAGACGAGGCCCUCGCCGCCGCCAAGGCCGCCGACGCCGUGCUGCUCGGCGCCAUCGGCGGCCCCGAGUGGGGCACCGGCGCCGUCCGCCCGGAGCAGGGCCUCCUCAAGCUGCGCAGCGAGAUGAGCGCCUACGGGAACCUCCGCCCCUGCUUCUUCGCGUCCGACGCCCUCGUCGAGUCCUCCCCGCUGAAGGCGUCCGUCUGCCGCGGCACCGACAUGAUGCUGGUCCGGGAGUUGACAUCAGGCCUGUACUUUGGGACCCGGAAAGAGUACGACGGGGUCGAUGCCUUCGACACUGCUGUCUACACGAAACCAGAGGUCGAGCGCAUCGCGCGGCUGGGCGGCUACCUGGCCAGGAAGAGGGGGGACUCGCGGGUCAUCUCGCUGGACAAGGCAAACGUGCUGGCGACGAGCAGGCUCUGGCGCCGUGUCGUUGAGGAGGUCUUCAAGAACGAGUUCCCUGAUCUCAAGGUUGAGCAUCAGCUUAUCGACAGCGCGGCCAUGAUCAUGGUCAAGAACCCGACGCAGCUGAACGGCGUCAUGAUUGCGCCAAACCUGGCAGGGGAUAUUCUCAGCGACGAGGCGAGCGCCAUAGCUGGGAGCAUAGGGCUCCUCCCGAGCGCGAGUCUCUGCGGGAUUCCGAGCUCCGCAGUGUCUGGUAUCUAUGAGCCGAUUCAUGGUAGCGCGCCGGACAUAUCAGGGAAAGGGAUUGUUAAUCCCAUUGGCACCAUCCUUUCCGUGGCCAUGAUGUUCCGGUACUCUCUGAAUCUCGCCCACGAGGCUAAAGUCGUCGAGGACGCGGUCCGCGCCGCCAUCGACGCCGGGCUGAGAACCAAGGACAUGGGCGGCAGCACCGGCACCGCAGAAGCAGGAGAUGCCAUCGUUGCUGAGCUGGUCAAGAUUCUCAAGGCGUGAGAUGGCGAAGACGGUAGAGGUUAUCUCUCGGACAUCACGACGGAUCAAAGAGAUAUGCAGCCUCCAGUAGGGUGGCGGAAGAGGGGCCUCGGAGCAUGAGGUUUUUUUUUGCCCUACCGGAAUGGUAGGCACUUCCUUGACCGCAUCGAGGGACUCAUCUGGCAGUAGAUGUCUGAGCGGUUCAUUCUGCUUCUCCAAUACCCCUAUUCUCCACCGAGUCCAACCCCAUCUCUCUAUCCAACACCCUCCUGAUGUAUUCCAUACCCCUGUGCCCACGGAUCCAGUCUUCGCAGUCGUCAAAGACAACUUGAACGCGCAUGUCCCCCGCCCUAUCCCAGUCUAAAUACGCCGUCAUCUCUUCCAAGUUCUACUUCCCGGACCCGGUCGGUAUGGUGCAACGCCGCUGCGUCUGCUUAUAAUCCAGACACCACUCGUAGGAUUUGUUGCUAUACCCCGUACGACCUGGAUGAUGUAGGGGCAAAGUUCCAAUUUAUGGUAGCCAUACUUGUCUAAAUUAACCGACGUCAAUAGCAUUUUCCACGUGUGUGAAAUCGGAAGUAGUAGAUAGAAUUUCUUCACCCUAGGGCUGCUACUCGAGCCACAUGAUUCCCGAGGUCUCUUAUCACAAACUAUCAGGCAGCUUUUGAUACUACUACAGCACUGGACGGGUCAAUUCUACCUUAACUAUACACACGAGGUUGUGGAUACUCACGGCACACCCUUACUUCAGUGGAGGUCGGUGAUUCGCCCUAAGAGCAGCGUCCUGGUGUCCUUCAUGGCAUAUUUGGGGCCGAUUCUCUACCAUUUCUAACAUUAACAUCACGAUCCCAUUGUCAUUAAGUGCCCAGGUGUGGUCAUGGCUCAAUACAUGUGAGUUCAGGAGAUCGGAGAUUCGCACCCGCAAAGAAGGAGGAUACACCCAAGCCCUAAUAGAUGACAACAACAUCCUAGGACAAUCUGAUAUAAGAUUA